GCAUGGGUUAAGCAUGGUUAAGCGGUUGCCCUGGGUUGGUGGGGGUGCUUGUUUCAUCUCGUGUCAUAUCGUUUCACAGGUCAAUGCCAAAGUUGUUGCGGCCUUUCAAGACGUAGAAUGCUUUUCAAAAGAAGCUACUAGUAACAAAGGACAUCGCUACUAGGAGCAAGGACGCUACUAGUUACUAGUAGCUCCUGGCAUCGCUACUAGUAACCAGAAGCAAGAUUGGCGUCAGUCUACGCGAAUGUUUACAAAUUACACUGAUCAGCCUCAUGCAAAGGAAUCGACGUGACAUGGAUGUACUACGGAAUGACGGUAUGGUAACAUUGCUUUAUUCCAUUCGUGAUGUUACAUGACACCCGGCUUUUGGGUUGUUGCCUUCAAGUUCUUUAAGGAGUUGUGAAUCUCAUUGCCGUAGAAUGUUAAGGCUGAUACAGCCGUUGUCGACGGGAUCUGCCCAUUUCGGCUCAGCACGGAUGUCAGACCCCGAAGAAAACGUGGUUCGUGGGCGACGCAAAGCCACGGCCUGUGCGAGCCGAUCGGUCAAACCCCUCUGCCAAGCGAGCACGCUUCUCCGCUUGGAAGUGCCUUCGGAAAUCCCCCAGACGAGGCCUCACAACCAGAAUUCGCCAUGAAGGUACAGAUUGCUGCAGAGGACGGCGGGUGCAAGAUUCAGCUGGUCCAAGGCAAGACCAUGUUUGUCUUGCCGUUUGCCAUUAAGAUAGAUCUGGAUGAUCUGUUGAACGCUUUUCUCGCCGACAAGUCCCUUCUCACCACCCGGCCGACGUCCAAACCAGCGACGGCCACCGUCAAACAGUCCGUUGACGCUGCCAAGGAUACUUCUUCCUUGUCCUCCCGACGGAGCGAGGAGACCACCAGCACAGCCAGCACGCGUCGCGUUGGAGUGGCUGAGAGUGAACAGAAGCCAAAGGCUUCCGCAAGCCUUCCUGCAACACAGACAGAAGCUCCCAAAAGCCUUGCAAGGCCCCGGCAAGAAAACGAGGACUUCAAGAAACAGCGAGCAGACCGCAAGGACAAAGAAGGUCCAGAAAAGAAAGACAUCUUUGUCCUUGACUCGCAGGAGAAGGAGCAAGGCUCAAAGGCCGGAGCUGAAGCCAAGACGGACGAUAAGACCGACAAGAAGCGCUCAGAGGCCUUCCGGGAAGGCACCGAACCCAUCCCAGGGCCUUCUCGGGAUGAGCCGACGCAUGCAAAGGAAGUUGGUCGGCACCGAGAAGGUGAAGGCCAACUUCCAGUGUCAACGAACACUGAUGGUCACAAACACAACGAGGAGCCUGAAGAAGAGGAUGCUUUUCGAUCAGACCAUAUUCCGCCUUCGAGAGUUGGUGCUCAUCCGCACAAGUGUCCUGUACAAUAACCGUACUAUAGCUUGCAGCGGACGGCUAGCAACAAGGGGAUGGGAAGAGAAA